UGUUGCUGACGCUGUUUUGGCUCCCUCCCCAGCCGAGCAAGCCCAGGACGCCUCCCCCGGGAAAUGACCGGGGAGGAUAAGAUCAUGCUUGGAAUGGUCCGAACUGGUCCCCGGCACACCCCCGACGGGCGAGCUCUAACUCCCCAGACCUCGGCGGCUGCCUACGACAGAUGCCAAUCACCGGCUGACUCGGCUCAGGGCGGUGAGCUGAGGAAAUCCGAGCGGGGCAAGGGAGCGGAAAACCUCUUCCAGUAGUCGGUGCGCCAAACUACCUCUGAAUGCCCAUGUGUGACCUUGUGCCCAAGAACGCCGGCUCCUCCGCCAGCCCCUGAAGGAAGCGGAGCCCACCCCGACAACUUCCCAGGGGCUGAAAGCUGUUGACUGUUUCGAAAGGAAUAUUGUUUGCAAGACACAAGGUGUCUUGAGAGUGAGCAGCCUCGGGACGCAUGCGCAAGUCCUUUCCGGAAUUAUUGCUGUGCCUUGGACUAAGUUGCAUCCCUUGAAUCUUCACAGAAAAGAGAAUUCUUUCAUCAGAGUUAGGGAUGUGGACAGUUCCAAAUCGGGAGUGCCUGGGGAUUCUGUCUUUCCCUAUGAUGAUAGCUAUGGUCUGUUGUGCACAAAGCGCUAAUGAGCCCAGCAACAUGUCAUACGUGAAAGAGACAGUGGAUAGAUUGCUUAAAGGAUAUGACAUUCGCUUGAGGCCAGACUUUGGAGGCCCUCCUGUUGAUGUGGGGAUGAGGAUAGAUGUCGCCAGCAUAGAUAUGGUUUCGGAAGUCAACAUGGACUAUACACUCACAAUGUAUUUUCAGCAGUCAUGGAAAGACAAAAGACUAUCUUAUUCUGGAAUCCCUUUAAACCUCACUCUGGACAAUAGAGUAGCAGACCAGCUCUGGGUGCCAGACACAUACUUCCUGAAUGACAAGAAAUCAUUUGUGCAUGGGGUUACAGUGAAGAAUCGGAUGAUCCGGCUGCAUCCUGAUGGAACGGUCCUCUAUGGAUUACGGAUCACGACAACAGCUGCUUGCAUGAUGGAUCUGCGAAGAUAUCCUCUGGAUGAACAGAACUGCACACUAGAGAUUGAAAGUUAUGGUUACACCACUGAUGACAUUGAAUUUUACUGGAAUGGAGGAGAAAGUGCAGUAUCGGGAGUUAACAAUAUUGAACUGCCUCAGUUUUCAAUUGUGGAUUAUAAAAUGGUGUCAAAGAAGGUGGAAUUCACAACAGGGGCAUAUCCACGGUUGUCACUGAGUUUUCGGCUUAAAAGAAAUAUCGGUUACUUCAUUUUGCAAACUUACAUGCCUUCAACACUGAUUACGAUUCUGUCCUGGGUAUCUUUUUGGAUCAACUACGACGCCUCUGCAGCCAGAGUUGCACUAGGAAUCACUACCGUGCUAACCAUGACCACCAUCAGCACUCACCUCAGGGAGACUCUGCCAAAGAUCCCCUAUGUCAAAGCAAUUGAUAUUUACCUGAUGGGAUGCUUUGUGUUUGUGUUCCUGGCGCUGCUCGAAUAUGCCUUUGUAAAUUAUAUAUUCUUCGGGAGAGGCCCUCAGAAAAAGGGAGCUGGGAAAGCCGACCAGGGAGCUAAUGAGAAGAACAGACUGGAGAUGAAUAAAGUCCAGGUUGAUGCCCAUGGUAACAUUCUUCUUAGCACCCUGGAAAUAAGGAACGAAGCCAGUGGUUCAGAAGUGCUUACAAGUGCUAGUGACCCCAAAGCUACCAUGUAUUCCUACGACAGUGCAAGCAUCCAGUACCGGAGGCCCCCCACCAGCAGAGAGGUCUAUGGCCGGAGCGCUUUGGACCGGCACGCCCUUCACAACAAAGGGCGUAUCCGGAGACGGGCAUCACAGCUUAAGGUCAAGAUCCCGGAUUUGACUGAUGUGAAUUCUAUAGACAAGUGGUCAAGGAUGUUUUUUCCAGUCACGUUUUCUCUUUUUAAUGUUGUCUAUUGGCUUUAUUAUGUGCACUAAAUUCUGUAAUGUUAACAUAAUUUAGAUCAUUUUCUUCCUUUAUUGUUUUUUUUCUAAUCUCACAGGUCUCUAGCAGCUAUACUGCUAUAUUUUUAAGGUAAGAUAUUCAGCCAUCCACUUGGUUUUUAGUUCCUACAUAUCAGUUUUAUUACUGUAUCAUGUUUACUUCAAAUGAGAACAAUAUUUCCCCCCUGGUACAUUUUGGUCGGGAUUAUUAGCUGUUUGGGAGCAGCUUUGAAACAAUCACUAUUUAUCACCAUGUUUACCCAAAAAAAUAAAUAAAUAAUGACAACAGAGAGAUCUAGGGCAACUUUCCCUAAUAUCUCUCAAUUUCACUUUUUUUUCUUUUUUAAAAAAGAGUGAAAAGAAAAUCUUAUUCUUUUCCUAUACUGCUUCCUGGUGAUCUGUAACAUCAUGCUGCCAAAAAAAAAAAAAAAAAUUCUAAUGUUUCAGAACAAGCCAUUGACAAGUUACAGAUUCUCAGGAAUUCUCUGUUCCCUCCACCCCACAACAGAGGGAAAAUAAGGAAUCCCAAAGAGUGAGAAAGAGUCUCCCACCCACCCUCUCCCAGAAUCUACUUUAUACCUAGUGUGAAGUGUUUCCUAAAAUGUGGGGUGGAGAGUAGAGGAGGUGGGGGUGGACAGAGAUGUCAGCAAUUUGCCUUUAACUGUGCUUUGUCCCAAGUGUGUAUCAAGGUCCUGCAAUUCCCUGCUUAAAUGAUGUGCUAUACCUUUAAGCCAGAUCCUCUGGAAAGGACUUAUUUCUAGGACUGUCAGGCAAAAUGUAAAUUAACUUUAGAACCAAGCUUGUUUGUUGUUGUGAACAUCUUUUCCUCUUCUGACUUAGAAAAUUUUGUGGCAUUGUGCCAUUUUUCUAAAGACUAUUUCAACUGAAAAGUCCUUGCCUCAUAUCAUUCAGCCCUUCCUGUUGGUAUUCCUUGAUGCUCUUUUAUCAUAUUAUAAAGUUCCUGCUCCAAACAAGAGAAAACAUGAAAAGACAGAGAUGGAGACACAAAGAGAUAGAGAAACACACAGAGACACACAGGAAUGCAGAAGGACACAUAAAGAAGCAGAGAGACAUGAGGAAGGAGCGGAGAGGGAGAGAGAGAGAGCAAGCCAAUAUUUUAUGGAAGAACCAUUUUCUCUGUCCGUAGGGGGAGCAAGCUGUAUAUGCCAAACAUAAUAUGAAAAAGUAGAUAUUUCUCAGCGUUUCAAGAAGCACUAUCUAAAUUAGGCUCUAGUAACAGGACGCAGAAGGCUCAACUCAAGAGUUCUAAAACAGUUGGCUGGCUAGGGUCAUUUAUGAUCAUUACAGCAUUAGCUUACUGCUGGUUUACUAAAAUAAAUGUAAAUAUUCUACAUGUGUUCCAGAGUAUGAAAUGGAAAAUGAAUACUCUGGGAAAGUCCUGAGAAAAUGAAAUGGAAAACGAAUACUCUAGAAAAGUCCUGGGAAAAUGAAAUGGAAAAUGAAUACUCUGGGAAAGUCCUGAGAAAACCAAAAGAAUUGUUCUCUUAUUCUAUCGAGAAUCUAUUUCCAUUUUUAAAGGAUCUCAAUGAAGCAUGGGUAAUUUCAAGGGGAAAAAAUAAUCAUUGGGCCAAUCAAAAAUGUCCUUCUAGAUACAGGAAGGUAUCACUUCAAUUCUGCCUCUACAUAGGAGGAAGGGAGCUUCUCUUCUCCUUUGCCCCCAAUUCCUCACCAUGCCCCUGCCUCCUGAAACCUAACUGGAAGAGAAAUGGCCACUACUUGCCAAGGGCCAGAAGGAGUUUUCUUAGCUAUCCCCGUCUCCUUCCCCUCUCUCUUUCUUCUUGCCUCCAGCUUUUCGGAGCCCAACCACUCAUACACAUAGGUUUCUUUCUCUCCCUCUUCCUCAUGUCCUACACACAAUGGUACAUACAGGUGUUGUUAAACAUUCUUAGUUACCCUUAGUUCAUGUCCAACUCUGGGAGAAUCAAGGCUGAACAUUAUUGAGCGAAUAAAUACUUAGCCUUCAAACAAUCAUUUUAUUCAUGUGCUUUAAAAUGGCCAUAACUUAUUAAAUUGCUUAAAUGACAGAAGGAGGUGGGAGAGAAAAAAAAAAAAAAAAAGGAAAAUGCUGUGGGCUAACCAAGUCCCACAUGAUAGACAGUUAACUAUUCAAGUUUCCCAAACACUGAAGUAGAUUCUCCCAGGUUAGAUGCACGAUAGAAGCGAUCUCUCACAUCAUUGAUGUUAGUGCACAUUCAUUCCCUCGCAUUCGUGUUACUUUGAACAUAAUAUUACACAUGAUGUGCAUUAUAUUUACCAGCUUUAGGAGGUGGAUACUCAGGUAAAAACAUGUGUAGGGCUGGAACUACCUGGGAGAGCUUUGCCUCCAUUCUCUUUUGCCAAAUAGGAACAGGAGACUAGCUGGUCAUGUGGCUGGUGGAAUGAGGCAAAAUAUGGUUCCAACCUUUCUAGUGCUUUACCCUGGGAAAUAGGAGAAAGAAAUAUGUCAUGUGCAAAAUGACACUGGUUCAUGGGUCCAACAGUGGGAUUUUCUUAAGUGAACAUCAUGUAUGAUACUUGGAAAUAUUCUCAAUUAUAUUCCAUCUUUCGGAAGUCGGUGUCUAUUUUAUAACAUCGAUUUGAGAAGCUUAACGACAACUUGACAAAUGAAGAAAUAUAUUUCUAUUGCCAGACAGAAAGAAUCUCCAAGAUAUCUUAUAAUGAUGUCUGUUCCUUAGCAUCUUACCAAAGGGUGAUAUUCCACUGUCUUUUCUAAACCAAGUAUAAUCAUAACAAAAAAAAAAAAAGGCAUUUGUUUUUGGUCCACUUUGGUUCAGUUGGCAAUUGUGGUGAUAGGAAUGAUGGGAUAAAAUGUCUCAAGAAAAAUCACGCCAAGAUAAAAGUCUAAGCCGAGUGUGGAAUAAUACCUUAGCGGCCUCUAGCAAGGCAGAUGUAAAUGCUCAUGUAAAUUCUGUAUAUAGUUCAUCCAAAUGUUCUGUCAUCUUCUGUUGCGUGUGGUUGACCAUGGCUUUGAAUGGAUGCUUUAAAAACCCGACACCUGUAAAUAAUGUUCACAUGUUCUGACGGCUGCUUUCAGUGCUAGCCCGCUUUGUCACCAUUCGGGCCCAAACCAGAAUCUUUCAGCUCUUGUUCAUUCUCAGCCAUUUUCUGGUGCAGUUCUGUGACCCUGCUGCAAGUCAUCGCAAGGUCCAUUUGUUCAGUGCCUCCUCCCUCCCCCUCUCCCGCCGGCUGGGGCAGUGGCUGUUGAGUGUGUCUAAUGGAGAUGGGGGAAUCAGCAACACCAGCAGAACCUGCUAGGCCUGCCAGCCGCUGCUGCUGCUGCCUCAUGGGAAGUGGAGGGCGAAACCCCGGAGAGUUUCUUUCAUGGCUAUUUGUUUAUCCAGAUCUCAAUUAUCAGUGCUUACUAAAGGGGGUCAGGGAUAGAAAGAAAAACUGACAUCAACAAAUACUCCAAAGCCUAGUUUUUGCCAAAUCCUUGGGUUUCUAUUGUUCUCAUCACCUAAUUUCCAUUUUUUCCACCCAAUUUACUAAUGAGGAGCCAAAAGACCAGCUUUUAGUAUUCUAAAACAUUUUGAUUUUUCUUCCUAUUUUUACAAAAGUUUCACUAGGAUUGAUAGUAAAAGGUUAAAUGAUCAAAGAGAGGAAAAAAGGGAUGAGAAGCAAAAGACAUGAAACCCCCACAGAUCCAAAAGAAUUCACAAACUAGAUAAUCCACUUCUGAGAAAGUGUGGAUCAUAGGUUAUCUGUGGUCCUAUAAUUAAUCAUUUGAGGCCAUCCAAGCCCCAUUGGAGAUACCUGUUCCAGAGAAAUGCACUAUUUGAAUGUAUCAUGGAAAAAGCAAUGGAUUUGGAGAUGGAAGACGAGUUCAAAUCUAAAGUUUACUGCGGACUAAAGCGUAACCUAGUGAAAGACUUCCCCAAAUGGGGAUCAGUUUCCUUUUCUGUAAAAUAAAGGGGUUGGAUGAUAUCCUAAAGUUCCACUCAAUCCAGUUACAUCUCUGUCAUCACAAGUUUUUUGGCAUGUAAAGGAAAGAUUUAGGGGAACACAAAUUGACUCUACCUUGAUGAGAACAUAUAACAGGAAUUCAGCUUGACUAGCAGCUGUCAAUUUCAACCAGUGUAUACAAUCCAAAAACUGUUUAGAAGCAUAGAUUUUUCUAGGUAUUCAAAAAUUAAAAUUCAAUACCAUAAUCAUCAUGGGCUAUAAAAAAGCUAAGACUCAAGAGUUAGGUUGGUUUUUUUCCCUUCUUCUUCAGUUUCCCAAUCCAAAGGUUUUUCACAUCCAAAGAAGGAACUUGUGGAUCUACCUGGUCUACCUGCUCUCCCCAACAGAUAUUUAUCCUCAUCCUAGAACAAUAAAAGCUAAUGAGACAAUUGAAUUUGUGGUCCGGUUUAGCAGGACAAUUUUACUCACAGGACAAUUCUGCCUGCCUUCCCUGCCACAACAACAAUCAAAAUGGAGCAUCCAAAUAACAAUAUAUUUGUCUCAGGUAGACAUGGUCCCAAGAUCAAACCAUCACUGACAGAAAGCUGGAGUACCCAUGGCCAUCGAGGGGUAACAAACACCUCCUUCUUGUAUGAGGAGUAUAUAAGCAGGAGCAUUUCGUAAUAGCCCACUUCUCAUUCCCAUGCUAAGAAAGCAGUAAAGGGAGGAGGGAGCUAUAUUUUCAGGCAUGGCUAUUUUCUGAAUGCCAGUUAUUGAAAUUUCAAAUUAUAUAUGCACAUUUAAUCUGCUUGGCUUCUACGCAGCAUUUCCUUUCCCAGAUCACCCUCCCUGUGCCAGUUCCUUGUCUGGAAUUUGUUUCAUUUUGCCUCAGGUAACAUGAUUGAAAAGACUUCUUUUCUAAGAGGAUUUUUUUUCUUUCUUUUUCAUUCCCAACUUUCACAACACAUCUUGAAAACUCAGCCCAUAAGCACCUCUACUUCCUCAGUCUUGGAUAUCUCCUUGGAUGUCAUAGUCUUCACUCACAAAAAUGGCUUUGAAAAAACUAUCCUCAGAUUCCUGCCUCAGUUGCCUUAUUCUCUAAGUAGCUACUUUUCAAACCUUUGGGGGUGGCAUGCAGGACUACAUUAGUCAUCACCACUGCCAUUCUUCUCUACAUUAUUUCUGUGUAUUUCUACAUAUGUGAGGAAUGCCCACCUCCUGGAAUAGCUGAGUGUGUUAAGAAACCUCCUAUUUUAGUCCCGUUCCAAACUGAGUGAGAAUAGCCUUGCUUAUCCUCAACUAAUUCCAAAUGAAUUAUACCAGACCGUGAAAUCACCACACAAAGAUCUCCCCUCUCUCUCUAACUCUAUGAUUCUCUCUCAACCUCACCUUGAAUCUGCAAUUUCCUAUAUGUAAAAUAGUACUGUGAAAUAACCCCGUAUCUAUCCAUGGCUUAAUUAUGACUAAUUUUGGUCUGAUUAAUUUACUCCUCUCUCUUUUAAUCCUUCAAGAAUGGUACACCUUCCUGUCACUAAAUGCUUUAAUCUUUUCCCAUUAGACCGCCAAGUAUAAUACUAAUUUUAAUCUUGUCCUUUACAGAUACGAGACCUAUGUUCUACCCCAUGUCGUUCUCUUCCCAACCCUCUUACCAAGUCACGAAUAAAGUAACACGUUUAUAAAAAGUUAAAUAACUCCACAACUUAAUGGGAGGUCAUAUUUGAAGGAAAAGCACUGGAGCAGGCAUUAAGAAAACUGCAACCUGCUUCGAGAUCUGCCACUAAAUACAUUUUUAUCUAGACUCAAACCCAAUAGUUUAUGGGUCUCAAGCUCCUCAUGUAUGAGUUGAAGGGAUGGCAAAAGAUGAUCUCCAGUUCUAAAAAUUCUGUAAUUUGAUAAAGUCUCUAAGUCCUUGAUAGUGGUAUAGGAAGAGAAAUAAUAUGGUAUACUGGAAAGGACUCCAGAGAUCUGUGUUUGAAUCUUGACCUUAACUGUGAGUUCUUGGGAGCAAAUUCUUCAAUUUUUCUAGAUUUGUUUGCUCACCUGGAAAAUAAGAAGGGGGGAGCCAAAUGACUGGUCAUUAGAAUCAUGGACUUUGAGAAUUAGUAGGUUAAAGAUGAUUGGUUUCCUAUUCAACAAAUAGUAGGUUAAAGAAUUAGUAGGUUAAAGGUCCAAACUCUUAUUUAUUCUUUUUCAAAUGAUAACCCUAGGUUUUGAUAAAUUAAAUGAUUUACCCAAAGUCACACAGCUAAAAAAUAUGUUGGACCAGGUAUUCAGAUUCUAAACCCAAUGGGAUUUCCAUUACAACACGCACCCAACAUCUGAACAAUUUCAUAAUUUGUUGACAUUUCUAUUUUUUUCAAGCCUCAAUAUUUUUCUUUCCAUGUACCAUAACUUUAACGAAUAUAGAAGUUUAUUAGUUCUCUGUUUAUACUAUUCUGACCUAAAAUUUCUUUAUGCCUUUUCCUGACCCUGUGACCACUAAUCUUAAUAAAUUUAGCUCAUUUCAACAGGGAUUUCUUAAAGUACCCAAUGUGUGCAAGGUACUGAGUAAAGUCCUGGGAAUCCAAAUUUAGGAGCGGGGAGAGAGGGGGAUGACAGUCCUUAUUCUUCAAGGAAUAUACUUCCUUCCAAACAGAGUCUAUAAAGAGGAGUUGCAUAUAAGAAAUCUAAAAAAGUAAGUUGGAUUCAGAUGUGAAGAGCCUUAAAUGCCUCCUAAUGACAACAGGGACUUAGUAAAUAUUUUUGAACAAGGGGGUAACAUGGUCAGAACAGUGCAUUAGGAAGACUAUUUUGAAAAGAAAGAUGGUAGAAUGAAUAGACUGAACAAAAGAGCUCAUGGAUUGGACUACUAGAAUAGUCCAAGAAGAGGUGUUAGAAUUCUAAAGUAGGAUAGUGCCCCUGUAAAUAAAUAAGAGGAUGUACAGGAGAGAUGUAGUCAAGAUAGAAUCCAUAGAAAUUGGCAACUGAUUGAAUAUGGAGGGGUGAGGAGGGCAGAAGAAUUAGAAUUUUUAGAAGCUAUGAAUUUAGAUGAUUGGUUUCCUAUUCAACAAAAAUAGGGUCCUUGGAGGAGAGACAAGUAAAGAAGUUAGUCUUAGAAAUGGGAAGAGCUAUUUCUUCUUCUGAAAUUAAAGCCAAGAAUAGGAUAGGGAAAAUAGGCAUUGAGGUGUGAUAUAGGGAAAAUGAAAGUUCAUGAGAAAUAGCCUUAAUUUUCUCAGAGCAGAAAGUGAUAUCCUCCUGGGGUGCUAAGGGAAGAAUAGGGGCCACAAGUUGGAAAUAGUCACUUCUGAGUAUGUGAUAAAGAAACAGUGGGGAAGAAUAAAAACAUUGCAAUUUGGCAGUGAUUCAGUUUAAACUCUGUAAGAGAUCUUAUGAUUCAGAACUGGAAGGGGAUUUCAGAUAAAAGACCUGUCUUCUAAUUAACUGUAUCCUACAGAGUAAUGGUCUAUAAAUGUUGAGUCCUGUUUGCAUAAAUGGGUAUUAGCCAUCCCAGAAUAUACUGACAAUAGGUUUUUUGAAGGACAAGGAAAAGGGAAAGGUAACUAUUGGAUAUUGUCCUUUGUUGGAAAAUCAGAGGUUGCUUUCUAAAUAAUUGCCAUGGAUGGAUAUGUGCAAAGAAAUGGCCAGACUGCCUUGUUGAGGCCCCUAACAGGUGAUAUCUCAGACACCACAUGCCCUCUUAGAUGAAUUUUAUUCUAUUUUUUUUCCUCCCUGGCCAAUGUUAUUUUUUUGGUCAACCAGAUCCCCUCUUCAUAGAUUACCUGCUCAAAAAAGUUGUGACUGAACUAUGAGUAAUUUAUAUCAUAAAGUGACCCCAAUCCAAAUCCUAAGGAGAUCACAUCAGGGGACAUAUGCUAAUUAUGAUGGUAUUCAAGGAAUAAUUAUUUGACCUGAAAACUAUCCAAGAGGCCAUUUGGUCCUUGCUACAACUGACCACUUCUUAGACUUCAUCUAGAAGGUUUAUGAUAAAAAUUCUUUUUCGUGUAUCUCUUUUAUUAUUAAUCUUCCUGUUUUCUUGUCACAUAAAUUACUUAUUCAUAUUUUAAAAUAAUCUUUGGACGCUUUAAUGAUUUUCCCUUAGUUUGACAGUCAGAUUUUAAUUAUUUCUGUUAUUUUCCACUUACAUUCCUUCUAGGUACAAUAUAUGCCCUCUUUUCCAAUAUCCUAAUCAAAUCAACUCAUUUUAACUUGCUUCUUGCAUCUGGAGGCAGCUGGAAUCAUCUAUGACUAUAUUGCAGCAAUAUCCUUAAAGCCCUCCCAAUAAGUCCCUUUGUUCAUUUUCUCUAAAUUCAUUGGAGAAUAGAAUUAUAUAUGUGUGAUUGUUCAGAUUUGGAAACCUUAGUAUUCAUUCAAUUCAGUGCGAUUACCCCAGUAUUCUCAGUCACACAUGCACACAUAAACAUACAUUUACUGUAAUUAUAUGUUGCAUAAUUUGUUCUUUUAUAGAGAAUUCAUAUUAUUUACAAACAACUCAACUGCUAGAAACCACCAUGUGACAAUUACAAAAAUAAAGUGUCAUUUUACAUGUCCAAAUAUCAAAUUUUUAAAGUCACAAUUUUCUGAACUUUUUGUAAUAAACAAAACAUAUUCUCCUCCUUUGCUUUUGGAUGACUAGGUAGCAUUUGGAGGUGCCCUGAUGGAAGGCUAAAAGCCAAUGUGAAGCCAAAUAUUGUGUUUUAGGGCUCAGUGGCAAAGUGAAAUAGCAAGUUUAGGCAAUGAUUUCUUUCCUAUUUAAAAAAAAAAAAACUCUUGUUGAUGAGGGAUAAGAAACGUGUGGGAGUAAAGAUGGACUGAAAAUUUUUAUUGCAGUUAUCCAUAUUGAACUCACUGAGAUUUAGUUCUUCUCUUGACUCUGAUCAGAUGCAACAACCUGAUGCAAUGGUCUUUAUAAAGGACUCUAUGUAUUAUGAAGGCAGGGUUAAUUUGUUUUCUUAACUAACAAACUAGAUAUCAGAGCACCCUUCUGGAGUCUCAUCUAAUAAUAGGUAAAGUAUCUCUGGAGAUUCAUCUAACAACUACAAGUAAAGGAAAUUUCUUGUACUAGCCUCCCUGUGAAGACUAUGGUACUUCACUAACACAUAUCCUGUUACAAACAACUGGGUUUUUCUAAAGCACGGGCCACCCUUUUUGAACAAAGAUAGAGCCACUGAAGCCUCUUAGGCACAGUCAUAACUUGGGAUCCUUAUGCAAGGGCAAAGCAUCAUGAAAUGCACAAAGAUGAAUUCAAUUGAGGUAAGGGCGCAUGGCGGAAAUGGGAAGAGACCCUAGACCAGGCCCUUUGGAGGAGGAAGAGAAAGACAGCCCCAAGUCCAGUUGGGUCUACCUUCCAAAAGAGUACCAGUGCUUUGAGCACCUCCCAAAUUCUAGUAUCCUAGAGCAAAGCCCCCAGUUACUCCUUGUUAUGGCUCUGUUCUCAGAAAACAUUCCAUUUCUGCUAAAACUCGCCAAAUAUUUCUAGAAUGUUAGAUAUUCUGAUUUCUUGUCGUGUUUUAAAAAUCUCCAACUAAUCAAUUUGCUGAACAAUUUAAAGUACCCUCUCAGCAGUCAAGUCCAUUCCUAAAGAGCUAAUUCUUAAUCAUGAAUUUUAAUAUACCACACACUCUAUUAGAAGAUUGAUAACAUGAUUGGUAGUACAUGGCUCUUGUAAAUAAAAUACUCCUUUUAUCUGUUUAUUUUUUCAGCAGGAAGAACCUAUUUGUUUAAUUACAGACACAUAAAUUGCAAUAUUUUACAAAUGCUCUUUUGACAUACACAUUUGCUUUGUUACAAAAGCAAGAUUGUUGCAGUGAUACUUUUUAUACACCAGUCAUACUGCAAAACUAAAUGGUAAAAAUAAGACAAAAUGAGUAUUUCUGAAAACAUGGGUAAAUUUUUAUGAAAUGGAACUGGUUGAACAAAUGCCAAGGAUGGGCAGGUCGACUACUUAAUUUUAUAAUUCAAUUUUUCUAUUUUGUAUUGGUAUAUGCUGCAUUUUCUGAUUCCAACUGCUGUCCUGUCCAAUGAAAUUUGUGAAUCUCUGUAGAUGCUUUUUACACAUGAAAUCAGACUUUCAUACAGUGCGUACUUUAUUGUACCCUUUUGUUAGGAAUUUCGUUAAGACAGUCGAACAGUUACGGUCAUUCCUUCUUACGUGCUUAAAGGUCUGUAUAUCUUUUGAUUCCUUCAUUGUCUCCAAGGCUCUCUGUGCAUAUCCAUGAAAACCUAUAGACUGUGAUUUAUACAAUUAUUCUAAGAUGUAGGCUUCCCUCAAGUGCAGUGAAUCAAAGAACCAGAAACUGUUAAAUGGCCUCUGAUUCUUGGCCCCCUUUGGUCCUUACAAUCUUUUUCUAUUCUUUGUCAUUCAUACAACUUUGUGUCUUUUUCAAAUUACAAUCAACCUGACAUAUAAUCAGGUGUGGACACAAGAAAUGCUCGUACGAUUGACUUGAGGACAUAGAGCUAUUUUAGCAGUCACAGAACUGUAGUUUGGUCAAUAUUUCCUUCCCUUGUCUUGUGGCUUCGACCUCCUGUAAGCUGUUUCCUUUGCUUUCCUAUCACAAGGUGUUAUAUGCUGCAGUAACUGAUUGAAUGGAAAACUUCUGAAGACCAGUGUCAAAACCAUCAGCAGUAUUUCCCAAACCCUUUGUGCAGCUUCAGAAAUGUAGAAUUUGCUGUAAAUAUGUACACUUCAUGUUAGCUUGUUUAUCCUAAGAACACAAAUAAAACAUUGUUUUUUUAUUUUUUAAAAAAAAUGCUUACAUUUGAAAAGCUUACUUUGUACUGCGGUUGAAAACAUGCAAGCUUUCAGGAAUCUUUUUAUAGUGUGUUGUCUUGAAGCAGUUGUAGAAAUCUGAAUCUAUCAUUUGUGAACUUUUGUUGUAAAAUGCAAGACAAAGCAAACCCCUUCAUUUGGAAAGAAUUCUUUGCGUUCUUCUCCAACAAUUGGAAAACUAAAGAUACCAGCAUAUUUUCCAGGAACUUAGUUCUGCUCUACUUUCACGUUGGCUUUUCUAAAUCUUCUUAAGCCACAAACCUUCUAAGUAUCUGAAGUCUCCUUUAGAACACGCGUAUGUUUAUAUAUUAUAAAAGAAAAAAAAACUCAAUGGAAUUGUCUUGUACUCAAAAUGAUGUGCAAAACUGAUGUGUCCAUUUAUCCGACUUGUUCACAUUCCACUGUAAAUAGAAGUAUCAGAGGUUGACCUGUUUAUCAUUCAGUCUCCUGAUUCUAACCACAUCGCCUUCUCCCCCUCGCCCACGCUCUGCUCCUUACCUUCAAAAAUGUGUUGAUAAUAAAAUGAUGAACAUACUAAA